AUGCUGGGUGCAAUCGCCAAUCUACAGCCGCGCCAACUGGCCGCCCAAGUCCUCAACUUCGCCCUCGUGCUCUCCACCGCCUUCAUGCUCUGGAAGGUACCAAAACACCACCCCCUCCCCUUCCCCAACCUAUUCACCUUAGACUGAACGAUAGACAGGGCCUCUCCGUCGCCACGAAUUCCAGCUCCCCGAUCGUCGUAGUCCUCUCCGGAAGCAUGGAACCCGCGUUCCAACGAGGCGAUCUGCUCUUUCUGUGGAAUAGAGGCCAGGAAACACAAGUAGGAGAAGUCGUGGUAUACAACGUCAGAGGGAAGGAUAUUCCGAUCGUACACCGGGUGAUUCGACGGUUCGGUGGCGGGUCAGUGCACACUUUUUCUCCCUGGGGAUAAUCGCGGCGGCCGAUUGUCCCACAUAUUGUCGUUAUCGUUAUACUAACACGCCGCCUCUAGAACCGCCCCCCUCUCCCUCCUAACCAAAGGCGACAACAACGCCGCAGACGACACGGAGCUCUACGCGCGCGGCCAGAAUUUCCUCGACCGCAGCAAAGACGUCGUCGGCAGCGUGCGGGGUUUCGUGCCCCUGGUGGGCUACGUUACCAUCUUACUCAGCGAGUAUCCGUGGUUGAAGACGGCCAUGUUGGUCUUCAUGGCGCUGACGGUCGUGUUACAACGCGAAUAG